GUUGGGUACAUACAGUACGCACACUUCAGAAACGAAAUCCCUCCCUCUCCAAGGAACCGGUUCCGACCGGUUCUCACCUGAUCAGUCAGGUGACACCCCGUCCUACUGUCAGUGGAACCAGCCACCAAUCAAAAGUCACAGAGAGAGAGAGACUGAAAGAGGGAGAGUGAGUGAGUGAGAGAGAGAGAAUAGGGAAGAGAAACGAAGAGUGAGUGAGUGAACAGUGAUGGUUUAAUAACGGAAAGGAGGAGAGAAGCGAAUGUGAGAGGAGGAGGAGAGAAGCGGGAGUGAGAGGAGGAGGAGAGAAGCGGGAGUGAGACGGGAGUAGGGCGCGGCUCGGUUAACGUGCGGCGCUCUCUGACACGCUGUAGUACGUUGUGGCACGGGACAUCCAGCUGGGGGAAAAGAUCGAGACUCCAACGCGAUGAACAAGAUGAAGAACUUCAAGCGGCGCUUCUCGCUGUCCGUGCCGAGGACAGAGACCAUCGAGGAGACGGAGUUCACCGACCAGAACAACCAGCUCAACGUUCGCCACAAAGCGGAGAGCCGGAGCCUGCGCACGCUGCACCCGGACGGCGGGGUCACGCCUGGGGAGGACGAACCUCGCUUUCCUGGCCCCCGCCUGCACUUCCCCACCGAGGACGUCAGCAGGCGCAUGUCUCUGCCCAUGGACAUCCGCCUCCCCGCGGGCUUCCUGGAGAAGCUGAGGCAGCAGAUGGACACGUCCCCGCCCAGCAAGCCCCUAAGCAGGAUGUCCCGCAGGGCCUCUCUGUCCGAUAUUGGCUUCGGGAAGCAGGAGACCUACGUUAAGCUCGGCAAACUGGGGGAGGGCACGUAUGCCACCGUGUUUAAGGGGCGCAGCAAGCUGACGGAGAACCUGGUGGCUCUGAAGGAGAUCAGGCUGGAGCACGAGGAGGGAGCCCCCUGUACCGCUAUUCGGGAAGUGUCGCUGCUGAAGAACCUGAAGCACGCCAACAUCGUCAUCUUACAUGACAUCAUCCACACGGACCAAUCCCUCACGCUCGUCUUCGAAUACCUGGACAGCGACCUCAAACAGUACCUGGAUAACUGCGGAAGCCUCAUGAGCAUGCACAACGCCAAGAUCUUCAUGUUCCAGCUGCUCAGAGGCCUGUCUUACUGUCACAAGAGGAAGAUUCUGCACCGCGACCUCAAGCCCCAGAACCUGCUCAUUAACGACAGGGGCGAACUGAAGCUGGCCGACUUCGGGCUCGCCCGGGCCAAGUCCGUCCCCACGAAGACGUACUCCAACGAGGUGGUAACGUUGUGGUACCGCCCGCCCGACGUGCUCCUGGGGGCCACCGAGUACUCCACACCCCUCGACAUGUGGGGGGUGGGCUGCAUAUUUUACGAACUGGUGACGGGACGCGCCAUGUUCCCAGGGUCCACCGUGAAGGAGGAGCUGCACCUCAUCGUCCGGCUCCUGGGCACCCCCACGGAGGAGUCCUGGCCAGGGAUCUCAGCCAAUCAGGAGUUUCAUUCAUACCGUUUCCCCCAAUACAGAGCCCAGCCCCUGCUGAACCACGCACCCAGGUUGGACACAGAGGGCAUAGACCUCCUCUCCGAACUGCUGCUGUAUGAUGCCAAACUGAGGGUCUCUGCUGAAGCUUCUCUCAGACACCCCUUCUUCCACAGCCUAGGGGAGCGUGUACACACCCUGCCUGACAACUCUGCAGUAGUCUCUCUCCCAGAGGUGCAGUUACAGAAGGACCCGGGUUUUCGGGGUUUUCGGGGUACAGGUUUUCAGCAGUCUGCUCGGGGAAAGAGCCGGAGACAGAGCAUAUUCUGAAGCCGGAGGAGGAAGGGGUCAUAAAUCCUGGGGAAUUCCAGCGCACAGGAUUUCUUUUUUUUUUGGGGGGGGGGGGUCAAAAUCUUCUUCUGCAUGUGUAGCAUCAGGCCAUUGGUCCCCCCUGGGGGGGGGGGGAGGUCUGUAUUCCCUGUGGAACUCUGUUCUGCACCAUGUGAUGCCUGAAUUUAAUCAUACGUUUUUUUGUACUGUAACAUUUUGAUUCAUUGUCUGAUUGAUUGUCAUAACAGGUGACAAUACAUCAUGUGAGGAACUGAGAGAGAGAGCUUGAUAGAGAGAGAGAGAGAGAGAGAGAGAGAGAGGAAGAAAGAGAGAAUGUGAGAAACUUCUGCCCUUUGGCAGUCAGCAAAGGACCCAUAAACGUCCCAUUACUGCAUGGAUAUUUAUGGGAUUUGUGGUAAAAAUUUCAAAUGUUGCAAAAUGUAUAUUUCUACUAUAUAUUUAUCAGAAUACAAAUACAAUUGUGAGAUAAUUUCUCUCAUAUUUUUUGUACCACGUAUUGAUUUAGCUGUAAGGUUAAUGGAGUUGAAGAUCUAAUCGAGGCGCAGCGCUGGAAUGAGCUGCUUGUUCGGAAAGCGCAGGCGUGUCUAUGAAUCUAGACUGCG